ACUGCAUAAAUAAUUAAAAAGCCUAAAGCUAUAACUAAAAAACAACAACAAUAUUAUGUUAAAAAUAAUAAUAAAAAAAAAUCGCUUUGCGCUUGAGCUGUGUAUGGAUUUUAAUACUCAAAUAAACUAAGCACGUUUCAGUUGGAAACGCGACUUAAAACGUUAAGGUUGUUUUUAAAACGGAGACAGUUUUUUUUUGCCAAUAAAAAUUAUAUCAAUUUAUUUAUAGUUUAAUUAAAAUUCAAAAAUUAUUAUAUUUCUAUAACAAUAUGGUGGUUAAACCCGGUUUAGAAGAACAAAUUUUAGCUUUAGAAACAUGGUUGAAAACCCAACCACAAUUGCCUCAAAAUAUAGAUAAACUAUUCCUCAAACGUUUCAUUCACUCCAUGAAUGGUGAUUUGGAUGGGGCCAAACGUUUGCUGGAAUUUAAUUUUAAAUUGCGCAACAAACACAGUGAAAUUUUUUUGAAAAGAGAUCCUCUAGAUGAGAGUUCACAGAAACUACUGCAAGUGGCCGACCUCAUACCACUCCCCGGCAAAACACCCGACAAUUAUAAACUGCUUAUUUAUCGUUUAAUCGACCAUGAUGCAGACAAGUUCAACUUUACUGAUUCCAUCAAAGUAUUCUUUAUGAUGUCCGACUGUCGUUUUGCCAUCAACGAUGAACCUGAUGAUGGCGAGGUUCCCAUUUUUGAUAUGUCCGGCUAUAGUUUGCGGCAUUUAACAAAGACUGUCCUCUCAGUUUUACGUGUUUAUAUGAAAUUUGUGCAGGAGGCACAUCCAGUGCGCAUCAGACAAAUACAUGUUUUAAAUAGUCCUUCGUAUUUGGAUAAAGUGUUGACGGUUAUUAAGCCAUUUAUGAAAAGUGAAGUUUUUAAAUUGAUACAUUUUCAUUUGCCUAAUGCUGAUACUCCUUAUGAAUAUUUUCCACGUGAAAUGCUGCCUUUGGAAUAUGGUGGUAAGGCGGGUAGUUUAAAGGAAUUGAAGGCGUUUUGGAUGCAAAAGUUGGAGGAGAAAAGGGAUUACCUAAUGGAUCCUUCCAGAUGGCAAAUGGAUAAAUCUAAAAAACCUUUAAAAUCUACUGAAAAAUCUGCCAAAAGCCCCGAUCUGACACAAAGUUUAAAAACUUUGGAAAUUGAUUAAAUCUUUAGUUUUAUGCAUAUGUUUUUGUUCUUUUUUUGUAGUUCUUUUUUUUGGAUUUUGUUUUAAAGUAAAAUAAACAAAACAUUUGUUGUUUGAGUAGAAAAUGAUUCUGCAAAUUGUUUUCAACACUUGAAAAU